GUUUCCUUGCGGAGUUUAAGUGACACUACUGCUGCAGAAGAAGCCGCGUAGCUAGCUACUACUAUAGGGAGUACAUUUUCACAUGAUAAUGAUACGCUUUGAUUUGUAAAAAGCAUUCGGACAAUUACAAUGAAUCUCGACAGACUUCGAAAACGUGUACGACACUACAUUGAUCAGCAACAGUAUCAAAGUGCUCUAUUUUGGGCAGAUAAGAUUGCAUCCCUGUCACAUGAAGACCCCCAGGAUAUCUACUGGCUAGCACAGUGCCUUUACCUCACCUCUCAGUACCAUAGAGCCUCCCAUGCCCUCCGCUCACGUAAACUAGAUAAGUUGUAUGGCGCUUGUCAAUAUCUUGCUGCUAGGUGCCACUAUGCUGCCAAAGAGUUCCAGCAGGCCUUAGACAUCCUGGACAUGGAGGAGCCAACCAGCAAGAAGCUGCUGGACCGGAGUGUCAAAGAGGAGAACAGGAUACAAGAGUCAGACUGGGAGAUGACCCCUGCUUCUAUCAACAGUUCCAUCUGCCUGUUGCGGGGGAAGAUCUAUGAUGCCAUGGACAACCGGCCUCUGGCCACGUCCAGCUACAAAGAGGCCUUGAAACUGGAUGUGUACUGCUUUGAAGCCUUCGACCUUCUAACGUCCCACCACAUGUUGACCGCUCAGGAAGAAAAGGACUUCCUGGACUUGCUUCCUUUGAGCCAACAGUGCACAGAGGAAGAAGACAAAUUACUUCACUUCCUGUUUGAGAAUAAAUUGAAGAAGUAUAACAAACCCAGUGAUAUGGUGGUCCCAGAGAUGGUCAACGGUCUCCAGGACAAUUUGGAUGUGGUGGUCUCCCUUGCUGAGAGGCAUUAUUACAACUGUGACUUCAAAAUGUGCUACAAACUCACUUCCAUGGUGAUGGUGAAAGACCCAUUCCAUGCCAACUGUCUACCUGUUCAUAUAGGAACACUGGUGGAACUCAGCAAAGCAAAUGAACUGUUUUACCUUUCGCACAGGCUUGUGGACUUGUAUCCCAACAACCCGGUCUCUUGGUUUGCUGUGGGAUGCUACUAUCUAAUGGUUGGUCACAAAAAUGAACACGCGCGUAGAUAUCUCAGCAAGGCGACCACUCUGGAGCGGACGUACGGUCCGGCAUGGAUCGCCUACGGUCACUCGUUUGCAGUGGAGAGUGAACACGACCAGGCCAUGGCUGCCUACUUCACUGCUGCUCAACUGAUGAAGGGAUGUCAUCUCCCCAUGUUGUACAUAGGGCUGGAGUACGGUCUUACAAACAACUCUAAACUGGCCGAGCGCUUCUUCAGCCAGGCCCUGAGCAUAGCACCAGAAGACCCCUUUGUCAUGCAUGAGGUGGCCGUUGUGGCCUUUCAGAAUGGAGACUGGAAAACAGCUGAGAAGUUGUUCCUGGAUGCAAUGGACAAGAUCAAAGCCAUUGGGAAUGAGGUAACAGUGGACAAGUGGGAGCCACUCCUGAACAACCUGGGUCACGUAUGUCGAAAACUGAAGAAGUAUGUCCAGGCGUUGGAGUACCACCGCCAGGCCCUGGUUCUCAUCCCCCAACACGCGUCAACCUACUCCGCCAUCGGAUAUGUGCACAGCCUCAUGGGAGACUUCGAGAGCGCCAUCGACUACUUCCACACGGCACUCGGUCUUAAGCGAGAUGACACCUUUUCUGUGACGAUGCUCGGCCACUGCAUUGAGAUGUACAUUGGCGAUACGGAUGCCUACAUAGGUAAAACUUCCUACAUAGGAACGGACAUAAAAGACAAAGUCCGUGGGACGCUGAGCACCCCGGGGUUGAUGAAGAUGCUGAACACGUCGACGGAACCCAGUAACGCUCAAACCACGGUUCUUCUGGAGGAGAGCGGCAUCAUGGCCCUGGAGACGCCGCAGUCCAAUCAGGACAAGGCCUCGUUGGACACGCCCCUACGGAGCUCGCUGCCCCUGGAAUGCAACAUGUACGAGAGUGACAUGAUGCUCGAGACCUCGAUGUCCGACACCAGCGCGUGAUGUCACUGAUGAUAUCAUAGUAGUGGCAGGUUGCCUGGUCCCAGCCUCGGGACCCAUUACCAACCAGACAGUUGGCACUUAUCUAUAGGUUUCUCGUCGUGUUCCUCUCUUGGGGAUUUGAAAUGAUGGGAUUGGAAUAGACUAAGCGUUGGGGAAGAGGUUAAGGCAGAGCUUUUUAGCAUGAAUUUGACAUUCAGUCCAAUUGGUUUUGUUGGAAAAAGAUGUCACGCUCAGUACCGUAUUGUAAAAUAUAUAUUUUUUGGCUGAAUGAAUAUUGCUCACACUAUUUCAAUCCUUUCAUAUUCCCAAGGGAGGUUGAAAGGGACCUGGGGAUGUGAGGUGUGGGCUUGGUUUGGAUUUGUGCCUCAGGCGGGUAGUCUGAAGACAGUGGGGAAAGCAAAGACAUGGUACUCUGAUGCUUAACAGAAUGGAAUGAAUGCAGCAGUAACUGACUGCCCGCUACUCCUGCCCACUAGCAGGAAUGUGUGUUGCUACCUGUGGAUUUUUACUUUGAAUAAACAAACAAAAAAUGCUGAAUACAAGAGCGUUUUGAUGAAAAUAUUGGUAAUACUUACAAUAAACCAUACGUUUAUCUUUUUA